UUUGGUGAGAAAUGUAAAUCGACUCAGCGACUUAAAGAUUAUUUUCCCCGAUUGGAGCAAUAAAUUAUUUAGAAAGUUGAAAAAAUCACAUAAAUUUCACUAAUUCGGAAUGAAAACGUCAAGCUUCUUGAAUUUUCUGUGCAAUUAAAUGAAUUAAAAAUAUUUAUAAUUCUAUAUAUACCAACAAUUUUCUAUAUAUAGCCCUGCGGACAACGUGCGUGGCUCAGAAUGUUUCCGAACAUGACGCUUUCAACAAUUUUCGUGCUCCCUCUGCUCACCCUAGCAACUAUCCUUGCAUCCACUUGCACAGCUGAAGAACGUGCUGAACGCGCACUCUUUCUCCAACGCACACGCAAUAAUUUUGCCAGCUUUCCCACCCCACAAUGCAUUUGUAUACCCGGCGCACGUGGUAGUCCUGGUGAACCGGGCACAGCUGGCGUGAAGGGACCGCGUGGUGAGGCAGGUUUAAAAGGUCCCAAAGGUCCACAAGGUGCCAUUGGUCCGCCUGGUCAACAAGGUGCUAAUGGUCGUGAUGGUGCAAUUGGUACACCGGGUUUACCGGGUCCUACCGGUCGGCGUGGAUUUCCCGGUGCGCGUGGACCACCCGGUCCAGUGGGUCCACCCGGCUUGCCUGGUCCGCAGGGACCGCAGGGUGCACCUGGUGUAGCGAUAAGUCCAACAACUACGCAAUCGUCCAGCUCCACAUCGACGUCGUCAACGAGACGGUAGUAAAGAAAAUGUUUAAUGCAAUCGAUAAGUUGUAACUGGCAAUAUUCCUUUAAAAUGUGAAAUAAAAAAAAUUAAAAAAU